AUGGCGUCGGUGUUGGAGCCGAGUUUGGAGGGGCUGGAGGAGGAACUGACCUGCUCCAUCUGCCUCUGUCUCUUCAGCAGCCCUGUCACCAUCCCCUGCGGGCACAACUUCUGCUCCUCCUGCCUGGAGCUCACCUGGGCCGGGCUGUCGGGGUCCUUCAGCUGCCCGCAGUGCCGGACCACCUUCAAGAGCCGCCCGCAGCUGCAGAAGAACACGGUGCUGUGCAAGGUGGUUGAGCAGCUCCAGGGCCGCUCCGGGGCCGGGAAGCAGGAGGAGGAAGAGGAGGAGGAGGAAGCAGCAGCAGGGCGCGGGGUGGAGGAGGCCCCCAUAUUUUGCGACAGCUGCUUGCAGGCCCCGGCCGUGCAGACCUGCCUGACCUGCACCGCCUCCUUCUGCGCCGAGCACCUGCGGCCGCACCAGGACAGCCCUGCCUUCCGUGCCCACCAGCUGUGCCCGCCGCUGCGCGACCUCCAGCAGCGCAAGUGCCAGAAGCACGACAAGCUCUUCGAGUUCUUCUGCAGCCAGCACGGCAGCUGCAUCUGCUCCCUCUGCCUGCUCGAGCACAAGCUGUGCCACACCAGCCCCUUGGAGGUGGCCAAAACCAACGCUGAGUUGGUGCUGAAGAAGAAACUGGUGGAGCUGCAUAACCAGAGUGAAAGGACUGCUCAGUUGAUAACCAGGGUGAAGACAAACCAAAAUCAAGCUGCUGAGACAGCUUCCAGAAAGAGAGAUCUGAUCAGAACAGAGUUUUCAGAAAUUAAAGCGUUAAUUGAAGAAAAAGAAAAUAACACCUUGAAAGUCAUUGCAGAUGAAGAAAAAAAAGUUUGUAAUAAGUUUGAUUAUGUUUGCGGUAUCCUGGGAAAUAAGAAGAAGGAAAUUCAGUCUCUGACAGAUCAGAUUGAGAUGGCCCUGACUGAAGGUGAUGAUGUUCUGUUUUUGAAGAGAGCAACAGCACUGCAACGAACAUCCACUAAAGAUGCUUAUGUUCCUACAAUUGAAAUGGACCAAAACUUGAUGCACUCCACUUACCAGGCUGCCAUUAACCUUAAGGACAUCGUGAAACAAUCAGUGCCUCAGUGUAAGGAGAGAAAAAAAGUGGAAACAAACCCACCCCCUGUGAAAGCUAAACCUGCUCCAGCAGCUGCUGCAAGCAAAACUGCUGGGAAAAAGGCACACAAAGUCCUUCAGCAGGCUCAAGGCACCUCGCAGGUGGAGGCAAAUACCAAGGAGAAGAAGAAAGCUCCUAAAGUUGCACCAACCACAGGAACUCCAAGUGCUACAGCUGCUGUUUCAAAUAAAGAGCUUAUGGAGAGCUUCAUGAAGAAACCCAGAGAGGAGCUUUUGCAGUAUGCUGCUAACAUCACCCUGGAUUUCAACACCGCUCACAACAAGGUGGUCCUGUCUGACAAAUACACCAAGAUGGCUGUCUCAGAUACCCCCAUGAGUUAUGGCUACCACCCUCAGCGCUUCAUGGAUUGUCCCCAAGUGCUGGGCUUCCAGUGCUUCAAGAGAGGCAUCCACUACUGGGAAGUGGAAAUGCAACAGAACAACUUCUGCGGCAUUGGGAUCUGCUACGGCAGCAUGGACCGGCAGGGCCCCGAGAGCCGCCUGGGCAGGAACAGCAGCUCCUGGUGCAUUGAGUGGUUUAACUCCAAAAUAUCAUCCUGGCAUGAUGAUGUAGAAAAGUGCCUGCCCAACGUGAAGGCUACCAAGAUUGGGGUGCUGCUCCACUGUGAGGGAGGCUUUGUGCUCUUCCUGGCUGUUGGAGAGAAGCACAAUGUGAUCUAUAAGUUCAAGAGCCAGUUCACUGAAGCCUUGUACCCUGCCUUCUGGUUGUUUUCCAGUGGCACUGUUCUCUCUCUCAGUGCAAUGAAACAGUAAGGCCUCAGAUCUUAAUGUAGUUUGCAGAUAAUCAGGCCUACAGCAACUCUUCGUAAG